AUGGCACCGAAUCUCCACAAUCUCCUUUCCUCCCUGCGCUCGCCAAUCUUCCAAACCCUUUCCAACCCUACCUCUUCGCGGAUGGGAACGAAAUACCUUCGACGUCGUCUACGAGGACCAUCAAUCGCAUCAUACUAUCCCCAACUCACCAACCCAUUCCCAUCGAUAUCGGCGCUCAACAGGACACACCCUUCCAACCCAUUCGCAGGAUGGCAGGGGAAUCCUCUACCUUCUAGUUUGACGACAACGAAUUCGGGUAAGGUGAUCAUGGAGAAUCCGGUGUGGAAGAACGAAGGGAACAUGCUGCGUAAUUCGGAGCUGGUAGAUGACGGCUUUGAGGAAGUGACGAGGAAGAGAGGAUUGGGUUGGUUGGCUGAUGGUAAUGAGGUGAAGAGGGCGGAGAGAGUGCGGGUGAGGAAGGCAGCCGGUAAAGGUCCUCCCAAGAAGGGUCAAGGAAGAAGAUCGCAGAUGAAGAAGAAAUAG